AAAAGAUAGCCGUCAUAUAUACAGUCUACAUACGCGCUGGAUAUAUACUCUGCAAAAGAUCAUCUAGUUAACUCGAAACACACUAGACUUCAAUUUGCACAAGGAAAUCGAGCCAAGGAGACCAUGAAGCUCCUGCAAGCUCUGUGCCCUCUUGUCUUCCUCCUCGCCUGCUCCACGUCCAACGCUUCCGUCUUACGGGACGCGUGCAAGUCCUCCGCCGCAACGCACCCGGACAUCGGCUACGGCUACUGCGUCAAGUUCUUCCAGGCCGACAAGGGGAGCGCCGCCGCGGACAAGCGCGGCCUCGCCGCCAUCGCCGUGAAGAUCGUCGGGGCAGCGGCCAAGGGCGCCGCCAGGCACAUCGCCGCCCUGCGGGCCUCCGAGAAGGACAGGAAGCGGCUGGAGUGCCUCCGCUCGUGCGCCGAGCUGUACUCGGACGCCGUGUCCGAGAUCGGCGACGCGGCGGACGGCAGCGCCACGGGCACGGCCAGGGGCCGGGGCGACGCGGUCACGGCGCUCAGCGCGGUGCUGGAUGCACCCAGGACCUGCGAGCAAGGGUUCAAGGAGCUGCACGCGCCGUCGCCGCUGGCCGCGGAGGACGCCGAGUUCGGCAAGAAGGCGUCCGUCGCGCUGAGUGUAACGGCGGCGCUGUAGCCGUCCUCGUGAUCGACGACAUGAACCAGGGGCGGAAGCUAGAGGGUUUGUAAUCCUUUGGCUGAACUCUCUCGGAUUUCUUUUGUAAUAAGGCCGUUAGAAUGAACAAUUUGUAUCAAUAAACCUUGCAAUUUUGGGCGCAGAGAAGUUUUUCCGUA